UGGCCGAACCAAAAGCAGGGAAUCCAAGGGGGGAUCCGCGGCACAUUGUGCGGCUUGUGGCGAGUUCUGACCAGUCAGAGAAGUGAUAACACGGCUGUACCUAUCAAUCAGCUCUGGCCAUUGAGAUUCAGUGUAACGGAGACUGCGGCAGGGCUGUGUGGAGCGUUCCUUUCCUCCCCCCACACACUUGGUCCGUCCCGUUUUUUACGUCACCCAUUCAUAAAUUGGCAUGACAGCGAGUAUAAAAGGGAGUCGAGCAGCUAGUUCGGCAGUGACAGCUCCGGCAUUAUAGGACGAUCCUUUGCUUUUAUACACAGCAGACAUGUACCACGGCUUCUCCAGCAACAGCACCGACUACGAGGCGACAUCCUCUCGGUGUAGCAGCGCCUCUCCAGCAGGAGACAGCAUGGCUUACUACCCCUCCCCGUCCGCCUCCUUCUCCACAUGAUCCCCGCUCCACCCCCAACGGUAAGUGGGCGACACAAGACACUCCAACAACAGCUUUGUCCCCACCGUCACAGCCAUCUCCACCUCAGCAGACCUGCAGUGGUUGGUCCAGCCUACUCUCGUCUCAUCUGUGGCCCCAUCCCAGACCAGAGUUCACCCCUAUGGAGCAGUUCCAGCUUACAGCCGCAGCGGGGUGUUAAAAAGCUCUUCUGGCAGAGGACAGAGCCAGGGCAGGAGAGGAAAAGUUGAACAGCUUUCUCCCGAGGAAGAGGAGAAAAGGAGAGUUAGACGUGUAAGGAACAAGAUGGCAGCAGCUAAAUGCCGUAACCGUCGCCGGGAGCUGACAGACACCCUCCAAGCUGAAACUGAUGAGCUGGAUGAUGAAUCAAUCCUGCAGGCUGAGAUUGCAGCCCUUCUGAAAGAGAAUGAAAAGCUUGAGUUCAUCCUUGCUGCUCACAAACCUGCCUGCAAGAUUCCACAUGACUUGGACGCAACUUCAGGACCUGACCUCAUCCUUGGACCUGACCCCCUCCCUGACAUCCUCCUUGGACUGUCUUUGCUCCCAGAAGUGACUACUCUUCCAGCUCACAGGAAGACACAAUUGAGCCCAUGUUUUCCAUCACCUCCACAGUCUUCCAUCCCUGAGAAGGAAUCCUCCCAGCUGCAGGUAUCCCUGGGACUAAAAUCUGAGCCUCUUGAUGACUUCCUGUUCGGCGCUCCCCUUCCAUGGGGAUCUUCUGACGCAGCUCGCUCUGUUCCUGAUGUGGAUUUGACAAGCACACUAUACACCUCUGAAUGGGACCCCUGUAUAACACAUUGUCUUGACAUGGAGCCUCUGUGUACCCCGGUUGUUACCUGCACUCCAACAUGUACCACCUACACCAUCUUUGUCUUCACAUACCCAGAGUCUGAACCCUUCCCCAACUGUGGAGCCGCCCACAGGAGGGGAACCAGCAACGAGCAAUCUUCUUCGGACUCUCUCAACUCUCCCACUCUACUGGCCUUGUAAUGCCCAAGGUGAAGGUGACCUGGGACUGUAGCCACACAGUGGUCACAGCUUGGUGACUCUCUCCGCAGGCAAUAAAAGGGAUGUGGUUUCCUCCUCAUCUUAGUAAGACUGCCUCCUUGCUGCUAUAAGUGUACACUGUGCAUGUGUAGUCCAUUCAUCUCUGGCCAAAGUUGUAAUUGUGAAAAGCCUCGACUGAGCACACUGUCACUGCUAGAGCAAGGGUUGCCAACCUUCCCAGUGCCCGACAACUGCCACCCUGUCCCGCUGGCUGUGACUGGCAGACGUCUCCCUCUUCUUCCAACUGCCACCGAAGGCCGAUACCUCUUCCUGACAUGUAGCACUGGCAUGGACCUUGUUGUGACUCCUGUUUUUAAAUAUGUAGCAUGUUGUAUCCUCGCUGCUGCGUCAGUGAUGGUGUUUACAUGUCGUGUUUCAUUCUCCUGGUUUGGAAGCUACGGGCUGUCCAUACAGCAGGUUUGUUAUGGUGCUGGCUGCUUGUGGGCCGCUCUCACACAGAGCUCCAUAUCAGUCAAGAUUAUUUUAUUUUCUGAUCUGAGUUAUAUGAUAUAUAAAUAUAAAACCCUCCCCUCCGAAGCCGGGAACCUUGUGAACGUGCAGUAUCUUCCGUUUGAUUGUAACACUCAGUCUUUGCUGUCUCUUUCCAAGGUUUCCAUUGAAAACGUUUUAUUUCUGUGUAGGACGGUUUUCGUUUAAUUUAUUUUGAAUUUUGAGAAUAUUUAUAUUUUUAUUGGUAUUUUUGUUUUCUACUUUUGCGGACAGAGGGCCUGAAACAACUUAUAGCAUAUUGUUUUUUGCUUCUUGUCCAAGACAUGGAGAAGAAAUUGUAUUUGCAUUCAAUGCA